CUCCACCCGCCUCUCCGUGCCGCUGCCGCGCUCGCCGUUCUCCGGCCAGGAUGACCAGCGGGCUGCAGGUGCAGGACAGUGAAUCUGAUGUUUCAGUUUUGGAAGAUACAGAGGCAUUCCUCACACCAGAUGGUUACAAUUCUGAAGAUAAAGAUGAAGAAUCUGUUCAAGAAAACAAUUUGGGUAAUGGCAGUUCCGAAAGCGACAAAGAAAGCUCCUCUGAAAGUGACUCUGAUACAGAAGAGGGAGACACAGACGAAGCAAAUGCAGACCUGGAAAAGAAAGAACCUCAACUGCAUAGUGCUGAAUCAGAGACUGACAACCAGCAACACUGCGAGCAUUGCAAGGUGCAACAAGAGCAGCAGGAACAAGUAACCCCCAAAAGACUUGCCAGAGGACAGCUCCGGCUGAAGUUGGAUGCUGAAGGAACUUAUCAGUGUACUGCCACUGGCUUAAUAUUUGAAGUUACCAAAGCUGUUGUCAUUGACUAUUCUCUGUUGUCUUGGACCAAGUAUGCUGCUUAUGUUAAACAUCCCUGGAUUGUCGUGGGUCCUAUAUUUGAUGUCAAAUGUGCUUCACCCUUUGUGCUUAAGUCUAUUCAGUUUCCACACACCCUCUGCUUGAAAGGCCAUUUAUCUGGUUUGACUUUUAAAGUAUUCCAUUUCAAAAAUAACGGUCCAGAAUUUGAGCAGCCAGUUGAUCACUCAGCUACACACAUCAGGUGGCAAGUGAGCUCACUAUCUCCAGUUGGACCAGUAAUUGAAAACUAUAAUCCAGUGUAUUACCAUGGGGUUGUUAUGUUAUACAAAGUUGUCAAUGAACAUCCUUCCUUGAAAUUACGUGUGUAUGUGGCUAGUAAUAACAGCUCAUUUCUAAAGGAUGUGUCAAAAAUUGUAAGACAUUCUAUUGAUAAAUUCAUAAAAAUUGAUAAACCUCCCUGUCAUAAAUUACUUCAAGGUGGAAAGAAAUACAAAUUAAUGAGUGAACCAGAAGCUGAGAUAACCCCUGAGGAAAUUCAGUUUGAUGAUGACUCUACAAUACCACAGAAACCCUUUUUUGAGGUUUUUUUGGAACAGCCAACAGAACUGACAUUAUCUUUGAUGGACUUGGCAUCUGAAGAAAUUGUGUGGAAAGCAAAGCUAAGAGAAAGUGACUGGAUCUUACCUAACCAGAAUGGCAAUAGACAGAGAUCUAUCAAGAGCAACAGAAGACGAAAAUCCAGCACCAGUCUUUCAGAAUAUGAACAUUGCAAUAAACGCUUAAAGAGAAACAGCUCUUCCGAUAGAAUCAAAGCUGGAACAGUAUUGACUGAUCAACAACUGAUGAUGCUUGCAAAGAAGAUGGGUAAAGACUGGAAAGUAAUUGGGAUUCAGUGUCUUAAGUUAUCCAUUGAAGAAAUUGAGCAGAUUGCAGCAAAGGAAGAAGAUGUUAAUAUGUAUAAAUGCAUGAUGUUACGGAAAUGGAGGGACUCUGUACAGAAUAAUGGAACUGCACAAAGCUUAUAUGAGUGUCUAAAAUGUGAAGCAUCCCAUGAAGUGCUAGAAAUCUUAAAAGGUUUUUUAGAACAGAGAUGAGUUCAUGAGGAAGAAACUUGGAAAAAUUAGGACUAUUCUUCAGUGUACAUUUUCCAAAUGAUUGAAAAGGGAUUUUGUUAUGAAUCGCUAAAGUUUUAAAAAUCUGAAAAGUCGCUAUGAAGAGAAAAUUAUACAUUCAUCAUGGAAACUUCACUUUGGGAAAGAAGGGAAGCAAAUGCAGCUGUGGAUUCAUGUACAUGCUUGGUAUCUAUGGCUUCCAAAGAUGCUUAGUAAUAUCCCACAGUUUACACAUCAACUGUUUCUGUAAGGAGAAUCCAUAUUUUCCUUCCAUGUUCUCAGGUCUUGGUGUAUAUUGCUUGGAUUAGCAAGGAUCUGCACUCACUGCUUUUGGUUUUCUCAUCCAUACCAGAGUCAUAAACCAGACUCACAAUUGUGAAGCUGCUAUUCUGCUUUUUGUGUAUGAAGAUGCAAAUAGUGUUCUCUCUUCUUUCCCUGCAGAUAUUUACACACAGUAUGGUUUUUUAUACUCUUCCUACACAGCAUCUCUUUUUACAAUCCCUUGCCAAAGACAAUGGGAAGAAAUCCCAAGCUUUCACUUAGAAAUGGUGUUUGCAUUGCUUUGGGCCUUGUUGAGAUCAUCCAGCAGUUUUCAAACUGUGAACCAACAGCCCUGGCAUUCCUUGGGAACUUUUCCUUGGACAUAAUAGUGGUGAUGACAGAGACCUUUUAUGACAGAUACAGCAUUUUUCCAGAUGAGGCUGUUUAACCCAAUAGCACUGCUUCUGGAUUUGUUGCAGAAUUGAGAUCAGAACUCUACAUGAACUUAUUUGCCUUUUCUGAUCUUCCAUUACAUAUUUUCUGUUACAUAACCUCUAGUAGACUGAAGUAUAGUGGAAUGACACAGCUACAUUGGUGCGCUUGUAUGUGUUACACAGUACCAAAAUGGUGGAUUCCCCCCGGUCUAAUUGCCCCAGCAAAUUGCUCUAAAAAGAAGUGAAACCACACAGGGACAUUGUUUAAUGCACCUGUAAACAGCUGUGAGUGAGGAAUGGCACAUGCACAAGAAAAGCCUCAUCUGGAAAAGCUGAUGACCACCAUGACUAGUCUUCUGCAUUACGCAACAGCAGGAAAAUUCCAAGAUAUUCUUAAGUAUCCUAUCUUUAUGGGCAGUGGGGUAAGUCUUGACAAAAGACUAUCUAGUGCCUUCCUUCCCCAUAAAGUAUAUUCCAAAUUCUACAAGAAAAACUUGUUUCCAAUUAUGCAUAAUACAGUAUUGGGCUAUCUUAAAUUGUAGAAUUUUGUCUUAAUCGUCAUGAAGGACUCUGGUGAUAAGGUGCAGUGCAGAUCAUAGAAAAUCCACUGGAAAUAGUCAAUCAUCAUUCUUGCUUUUCAGUUUUGUUUUGUUUUGUUUUGUUUUGUUUUGUUUUAUAAGACAUGGCUCACACACUUUACAGCUCACAUUUAGCUAGUUAGAAGAGCUAAAAAUUUCUAUUUUUUAUAGCUAAGAUAUUCAGAAACCUGAGCAUUCCACAUUCAGUACCACAUUUUGCACUGUUCAUGCUUUUGUGAAAUUACGGUAUAUGUGCAGCCUUGACACUGACCAUUUCUAAGAACUUUCUAAUAAUAUCAGAUAAAAUCGAAAGUUAAUUAAUCCCCUCCGGGAAGCAGCAAUGUGAAUUUUAUGUAGAUUAAAAAACACUAAUUUUAGAGGUUUUUCACAGUGUCAGUAAACAUGGAGACAGAGGUGAUCCAGUAGACAAUUUUUACCUAGACUUCCAAAAGGCUUUUGACAGUUUGUCUCCAAAAC